GAUGCCUUCUCCAGACAGGCGGAUGGACUGCAGGACCGCUGGCUGAUCUCUCUGAGCAAACCCAGCGAGAAUGACAAGCACUUGCUAAUGACUCUGGCAGGGGAACAGGGUGUCAUCCCUACAAAAGAUGUUCUCAUGGCACUGGGGGAUGUUAAGAGGAGCUUAGCCGAGAUUGGCAUCCAGAACUACUCAACCACCACAAGCUGCCAGUCGCACCCCAACCAGACACGCAGUGACUAUGGGAAACUCUUUGUGGUACUGGUGAUCAUCGGCUCCAUCUGUGCCAUCAUCAUUGUGUUGGGGCUCAUAUACAACUGCUGGCAGAGACGCCUGCCCAAGAUGAAGAACAUGUCACACGGCGAGGAGCUGCGCUUUGUUGAGAACGGCUGCCAUGACAACCCCACCUUGGAUGUGGCCAGUGACAGCCAGUCAGAAAUGCAGGAGAAGAAGCCAAGCGUGAACGGUGGAAACACCAUCAAUGGCCCCGACAGCUGGGAUGUCCUGAUCAAUAAGCAGGCGAGCGAGGACGUGGAUGUGUUUGAGGAAGACACGCAUCUUUAG